UCUGGAGGGAGACCUUGGGGAGAAAAAUCUUUUUCCGAGUAGUCACUUCAAAAUAAAAAUGACUAUAAAAAUCCAUUUGAUUGUUGAACUCUAUACUAGUCUAUACUAAUCUAAUACUAUAAACUAAAAAGAUUAUUUACAUUUACUAGAGUUCUCUGGAUUUGCAACUUCUAUAGUAUCCGUAUGCGGUAAUCUAUGGUUUUAGACGUCAAUAUUAAAAUGGCAGAUUCAGUUAUUCAAGAAGGAGACCAAGUAGUUUUUAGGAGAGCUGGCACAACUCGGGUUUUUCAAAUUAGAAAAAGCAGGCAAGUCUAUUUUGAAAAAACAAAAUUCAGUGCUGACGAGCUGAUUGGUCAGUCAUAUGGAACAACUUAUGAAGUAGAAGGAGGCCAUCUGAUCAAAGUAGAGCCUGCAAGUAUAAAUGUGGAACUUGUUUCAGCUGCAGGUGUAGACAAUCGUAACUUAGUGGAUACAGAAAAAAAUCAAAAGAUGUCGACAGAAGAUAUUAAAAAAAUGAAAGAAGAUGGAGUUGCGGGUGAGAAAAUUAUAACAGAAUUGAUUGAAAAUAGUGAGACUUUUAAAUCAAAAACAGAAUAUUCACAAGCCAAGUAUGUGAAAAAGAAAAAGCAAAAGCACAUUCUUAGUUUUACUGUGUCGCGACCAACUCCAAGACUUAUCAUGGAGAUUUAUUCCAAAGAACCUAUCAAGAUUUGCAACUUGAGGGCUGACACACUGGCCCAGAUCCUCAGCUACAGCAAUGUGAGAUAUGGCAGCAACGUGGGGGUUGUGGAGACCUGCCAGGGCCUCAUUUUGGCUUGUGUGCUGCAGAGGAUGGGAGGUCAGGGCAAGAUCGUCAAUUUGAUUCCAAACUCUAAUGACAACUUGAGUCGGGAUGUGAUGACAUAUUUUAACUUCUCGGAAUCUGCCUUACAAAACUGCAUUAGUUAUCCUCUCAACCAACUUUCAUCUGUUAAAACGCUCGAUGACGAUGUCACAUGUGUGUCUGCUGGUGAUAGUGUGGUGAAUUCCAGCCCAGUAUCAGAUGCUAUUCCCCAUGAUGGUGAUAGUGUGGUGAAUCCCAGCCCAGUAUCAGAUGCUAUACCUCAUGCUGGUGACUUACAAUCUACACAUUCAGUGAUGAUCUCAGCUGAUUCAACGCAGGAUGCAGUUUUACACAUAGGACAGAAACGGCAGCUUGCCCAGCUAGACAGAGCCAAGAAACAGGAGAAAAAACAGCAACAGCUUAAAGCUGCGGGUCUCAUUCUCAAACACAGAAAACUUGACAGCCUGAUCAUUGCUGCCAGGUACAACCCGACUCCCAUCCUACUCAAGUUACUGGACUUUGUGCCCCCCUCUCGGCCUGUGGUGGUUUACUGCCAUCUGCUAGAGCCUCUUGUUGAAUGCUACUCUCAGGUGAAAGCCAAAUACACAGGUGCCCAGAUCCAGCUGUCAGAGACUUGGUACAGGGAGUAUCAGGUCCUACCCCAGAGAACACAUCCAAUGAUUAACAUGAGUGGGACUGGUGGCUACCUGCUGACAUUCAUCACAACGGAUCCAAGCUAGAUCUACAUUGCUCACUUCCUGUACAAUAAUAAAACUUAUCAAAUA